AUGGGCAAUGGCGCAGGAAAGGAUGUAGAUGACGGGUAUGCCGGCGGGCCAAACGAAAGACUGAGACUGUGUUUAAUCAUCAGUUUAGAUUAUUUGGAUGCAUCUUCUUCAACCAAGUCGGUGCCAGAUGUAAUGCUUAGUAUGUCUUUAGAUUACAUCAACAAGGUCAAGAGAGGAAACUCAUGGUCCCUAAGAAAAUGCCUAAGAAUGCUCUCGGAGAGGAAACUCUGGAGCUGCGAUUUUGCGGUUGAAACAACAAGAGAAGCAGCGGUUACGUAUUAUAAGUCCAGCCUCAUUGGCGUAAGGUACGGACCCCAUGAGUUGCCUCUGACGAUGGAAAGAUGGGCUGAACACUAUGUAGAACUCUGUAGAACAAAGAGUGAUGUUACUGCAGCUGUGUUUUCAAAAGUUGAAGGUUUGCCAACUAUGACUGAACUGCACAAAAUACUUUCAAAAACGGAACUUAGUAUAGCCACUGAUAAACUUUCAAACGGAAAGGCAAUUGGUGGAGAAAUUCCUUUAGAAAUUAUUAAAACUGGCAAACAUGCCUUUACUGAAACUACUUCACAUGUUGCUCUGCUUGUGUGCUAUCUCACAAGAUUUGAAAGAUUCAAAUAUAGUUACAAUCUACAAAAACAAAGGAGAUCGUAA